CUAACGGCAGUCCUUCCUAUUUAACUUCUUCCGCGUCUUCACAAACAAGUCACAAGCCUAGCGAAAUUCCGGGGGGAUCGAAUGUCUAAUAAUGAAGUACAGUCGCGCAAGGGGGUCCAGUCCCAGGUUCAGCCUACAGAGAAGCCGCUGGAGCAAACACCUAGUCCUAGAGACAAGUCUGUCGUGAAGCGGCCACUCACACCGGCUUUUGAGAAAUCGGAGGUCUGCAGCAAGAAGAUGAGAGCCGAGGAAGUACAGGACUUGUUUGCGCAGCUCAAGCCCGAGGGCAUGGAACCUUUCAAGGAGGCAAUGGCUGCCUUUUGUGAGAUUGUGAACGACUUUGCCCAAAUGGGCAGGAAGAAUGCAGAGCUUAAUCGGGAUGUUGAGGCGGCGAAGAAGGAGGUUGCGGCAGCUAAGGUGGUAGCCGAAAGUGCACUGAAGAAAGCUAAAGAGUGGGAGAAUAGGGCAGAAAUGGCAGAGAAGACUGUGGAGCAUUGGAAGAAAGCUUUCAAAAACUUAUGGAAGAACGCUGAAGACUCUAGAAAGAGGGCUGAGAAGGCAGAGAAAGCCUUGAAUGCUGUGAGGGUAGCUUUGAUAAACCACAGCACAAGUACGAUUGCGAAUGCAGCAGCCAGAGGCACCAAGUGAACUAGUGUGCAUAUGGGAGAUAGAUGGGGAUAUGAUGGAGGUUUUAUUAGCUUAGCUUGCUUCUUGAAUUUUGAUUAGUCAAUGUUUGUUCAUAGUGCGCUGCUAAGUUGUUUUGCAAUGAACAACCAGGUAAAUAAAUAUUUUAUAUGAUAUGCUUGCGUGCGUGAAUUGAUAAGUAGUCAUUCAGAAUGCUUUGAUUUUGAUGCAUCUGGUAUUGGAUAAUUCAUAUGAGUAAUUCUAUAUGUACUUCUAUUU